UAAAAUUAGUCAUACUGAAAUGAUAGAAGACUCUUCAGAAGACAUAACAUAUGUUGUGUCUCUUCAUUUUUUAUUCCGUCUUUUUAUCAUUAAUACCCGGAUGUCGAUCAAAGUCCAUUUACUACGUAUUCUAAAAAAAGGUGUUCUAGGUGUUCGUUACAUUAAUAAUUCUAGUUUUGUUUACGAACCAAAGCUUUGAAUAAUGUUAUAGGUAAUUCAUCAUAUGCUGAAAUUCUGGAUUUUUGUUGUGAAGUUUCUCCCAUAAUGCAUUACUAAGAAUAAGAAUAAGUCUCCUGAUGAGUGAAUAUGAUGCUAUGGGUGUUAUGGUGUUUGAGCCUGAGCACAGUUUACGGUGUAACUGAUUUCUUCCUGGAAUAUCCAAACCCACAGGUCAAGUGGAGAUUGUGUGGUCAGCAGAAAGCUUCAUAUAUCUGUGAUCCUAACUUCAUUCUAGACCGUGGAGAUGUGGAAAAACUAGAGAUGCUUGCCAAAGAAAUGAAAACUUCCACCAAAUGCCUGUGUUCAGCAUGUCCUGAGGACACUAACGUUCAAAUUGGAAUCUUCAUUAAAUAUAAUCACUCAAAAGAGCUUACUGUAGAAAAUCCAGGAAACAAUUUAGCAGAAAUGAUAAGAAAAACAUGGCAUCUUGGCGCAUGUGACGACGACAUCAUAAUUGUUUUAGUCACGCAACUAAAUAUAACAGGUUUUAGCCUGGGUUCAUCUGUGCAAACUAUCCUACCAGAAGCGACAGCAGCUCAGAUUCUGCAGGACUGUCAGGUCCACUUUAAUUCCGGAUACUUUUACCAGGGACUGGAAUCCAUUGUCAAUUCCUUUAAUGACAUCAUCAUCCGGGAACAGAAGAAAAGUUCCGACAGUUACCGUGAACUUUUGAUUGGUCUCUUGAUCGGCUUCGCCGUGCUUCUCGUCAUAACAUCUUGUGCGUUUGCAUUCCACUUCCGACAGGUGAAAAGAAGAAAGAAAAGCUGCUCGAAUAUCUACGAAAAAGAUGUACAUCAACGCAACAGAAUGAAUCGGCCAGAUGUUGAUGAGCAACUUGAGAGACUGAACAAAAAAUCUGAAAUGGAUAGUGAAGAUGUAUGAAAUUCCUUUCUCUCAUCCCAUCAUUGAAAUUCCUUCUUCUUAUUCCAUCACAAGAUGGCUCUUUUUCAUCUACGAUGUGUUUAUUCUUAAAUAUUCAUCUUCAACAUUCCAAGAUUAGUUUUUAAAUUUGUCAUUCUAGUUCCACUGAACUUUAUUGCAACUGUAUUAUAUUUCUUAAAUAAUUAAAAUAUUUGUGAAAGUUUGCUUUUUAAA